CCUUCUUCCUUCUCUUACUUCAUGGUGCUUUUGCUUCUGAGGUAUGAUUUCAAUUCUGAGUUCAAUAUCGUGGACAUUACUAAAGCUGUUGAGAAUGGAUCAGUGGAGUUUCUAUGGGAAUUGUUCAAACAGAUGAACUUUUGUCUUCUUCUGAUCUAAAGGAUAAACCUUUGUAGAGUCUAAAAGAUGGAUUGGUUGAGAACAAAAACAAUCGGGGCCAAGACACGGCAGAGAAAUGUCAAGGAGAAUGGUGCGGUUGUUCUGAAACAGCUGAUUGAAUGCUGUGAUGGAAAAUGCAAUCCUAUCAAGAACUUUUCUUACAGUCAGAUCAUCAAAGCAACAGAUAACUUCUGCCAAAGCAACCGUGCUUCCCGGGUUGAUGUUUAUUACCGUUGCUAUAAAGGAAUGCUCGAUGACCGUCCAGUACUCAUCAAGAAAGGGAAAUACACACUUGAUAUGAAAGAGAUAUGUCGCGACAUAGCGAUCUCAUCGAUGGUGAGUGGUCAUAAGAACUUCCUUAAGUUGUUGGGAUGUUGUCUUGAGUUCACUCCUCCUGUCUUAGUUUUUGAGUAUGCAGAGAUUAUAACACUUGGUCCACUGCUUGCAUCUCAUCCGGGAAAUCUAAAGAGGAUAAAGAUAGCAAGAGAGGUUGCAAACGCUUUGACUUACCUUCACACAGCAUUCUCAAGGGCUUUCAUCCAUUCAAAUCUGGAUCCUUUCACCAUUUUCUCUGAUGGAAAUGGGGUCACAAAGCUCGGGAACUUCUGCAACUGUAUCCCAAUCCCCGAAGGAGAGACGUUUGUUCAUGAUGGCACAUUGCAAAAGUACCAUGAGUUUAGGCACAAUACAUUAAAGGGAACACAUGGGCUUGGUGUAUGUAACUUACCUGUCAUUGAUCCGGAUUACAAGUCAACUGGAAAGGUCACGACAAAGACUGAUAUGCACAGCUUUGGAGCAUUCAUGAUAGCUCUUGUGCAGAUAAAGGAAGUUGAUGAUGAGCUAUCCCUAUCUUCGGAUAUGCUGAGAGCAUUUGCUGACUUGUUCAUCAAACCUUAUGACAAUACUCGUUUCCCGCUUCACCAUCAUGUUACUAAGAUACUGAGAAAGUUUGGGUAUGCAGAGGUUGUAGAUUCAGAUAUGAGUUAUCCAGCUGGUUGGCCUGUUAAAGCCUUUCUUAGAUUAGCGUUGAGAUGCAUUGGAUGCAGCAACUUAGGAGACCCGUUGACUAGCAUGAUUCAAGUGGCUAAAGAGCUCAGGCUGAUUGAGAAAUCUACAAAUUGGAGCCGUAUGAUGCAAUUUCACUCACCGAUCCUUUUGUAACCAUAGUUCAAGGCCAGGAAUGCCAUGGUAACUUCAGUCUAACAUUCAGUAAAUAGCUAAUUUCUGUUACCUGCAGAUUUUCCACUAAGAGAGAUAGAUAAGGUCACAGAGAUUUUACUACAAAAACAUAGAUAUUCACAGAUUGACUUAUCCUUAUUUCUUUUUUAUGUUUCAGACUUGAAUGAUAGAGUCUCCGAGAUCAUUUUGUUACUACUCUUUGUUGAAUGAUCAUUUCUUCCAAAGCCAUGUGACAAAAUAUGAAAUUCUUCUAAGACAUCUCGUAUGGUCUUAUAUUUCUGCAUUAAUUUUACUUGGUUUACUUUUAAAUUUAA